GAUGUCUCGGUCUCGGGCAAAGUGGGGAUCUUCUAUAAAUACAAUAACCGUAACCUUACCGAAUCACACUUGAAUUGUGAACACAAGAAUACGAUCAUGAAGGGUUUACUGAUCGUCUCCGCUUUGGUUGCUUGUGCGUUGGCCAGGCCAGACAUUGGAUUAAACAUCCGUAAUGGAUACCAGUACCAGCCCCCGGCGACCAGUUAUGGCACCCCGACCGGCAGCUACCUGCCUGGUGGUAGUGGUGGCCAGACUUAUCAGCAAUCCUCAUCGUCCCAAAGCUUCGUGAGCUCUGGAAACGGUGGAUACAACAGCAAUGCCAACACUGGUAACGGUGGAUUCUCUGAUUCCACUCUCAAUGUUCAGGACUAUGCUCGCUCCGGCUCCCAGGGAGGUUUCAGCGGGUUCAAUCAGCAAUCUGGUGGUGGAUUCCAACAACAAAGUGGCGGAUUCAGUCAACAAUCUGGUGGCGGAUACCAACAACAAGGUGGUUUCCAACAAGCCCAGACCCAAGUGCACAAACACGUCUACUUCUACGACUCUCCUGAAGACCUCCCAGCACCUACCAUCCGUCUCUCCGGUGGUGCAUCUGCUGCCCAGAAGAACUACAAGAUCAUCUUCAUCAAGGCCCCAGCCUACCAAGCCCCACAAGUACCACAAAUCCCUACCCAAUCUCAGAACGAAGAAAAGACUUUGGUCUACGUCCUCGUCAAGAAACCCGACGAUGCUCAGGAUAUCGUUGUACCUACUCUUGCCCCAUCCAAACCAAGCAAACCAGAGGUGUUCUUCAUCAAAUACAAGACCCAGAAGGAAGCUGAACAACACGUACAGACCAUCCAACAAGGUUCCCACAGCGGUGUCUCCGCCAACGCUGUUGAUAACGACUCUGCUUUUAUCAGCACUAUCACUGAUUCUAAGGUUUCAUCGGGUGGCCACUCCGGCAACAUUGGAGGCGGUGGAGUCAUCUCAAACACCAACGACUAUAACUCUCAGAUCUUUGGCGGCGGUAAUGUUGGUGGUGGUCACAGUUCUCAGGAGAACCACUUCGAGGCUACUCACACCAGCAGCCAGGUCACAUCAGGCAACAAUGGUCAGAAAUAUGGCCCGGCUGGUGCAAGCGGACCCUAUUAAAUCAACGCCUACAGGGAAUUUACACUGCCAUUUAUUUAAAAAGAUCAAUCAACUUUGCCUUUGAUAUCGUGCUAAAAAUGUGUGAAUCUAAAUGUCUUAUCUAAUGUAUUUAAUGAUGUAAAAUGGAAAAAUAUAUUUGUACAUAUACAUAA